AGUAGCUAGCAGAAUGCAUUGUUGAACGAACAUCCUUUUCGUAUUUCCCCACGGGUUAAAACCGUCAAAAUCAUAUUUUGAUGAGUUCAAUGGAUACAGCUCCACUGGGGAUAUAGUUCUGAGUUCCGAGGCGAGCUAACAACCCCCGGUCUUCGCCGUUUACUUUUCCGACCAAAUGGCCUCGGGAAGAUGGAACCCGGUACUGGCCGCGGUGGUUGUAAUUGCGUUGCUCUGCUCCGCUGCAGUGGCUGAACAGCGGAGGCGGCGGCUGAGAUUCGAUUCCAACAACGGGGAGUUCCGGAUACUUCAGGUGGCGGACAUGCACUACGCCGGCGGCGAAGCAACUUCUUGCGAGGACAUUCUGCCGCAGCAGGUCGCCUCCUGCUCCGAUCUCAACACCACCGCCUUCAUCCGCCGCAUGAUUCUUGCCGAGAAGCCCCACCUCAUCGUUUUUACAGGGGAUAACAUAUUUGGGUUUGAUGCGACCGAUGCUGCAGAAUCUAUGAAUGCUGCAUUUGCGCCUGCUGUAUCUUCAAACAUUCCCUGGGCUGCUAUCUUGGGCAACCAUGAUCAAGAAUCCACACUCUCAAGGGAAGGAGUGAUGAAACAUAUUGUUGGGAUGAAGAACACUUUGUCUCAGGUGAAUCCUACUGAGCUUCAUGAUGAUGAGGAUAUUGACGGUUUCGGAAAUUACAAUCUGGAGGUUCUUGGGGUUAAGGGCUCAGAGCUGGCUAAUAAAUCGGUUCUCAACCUGUUCUUCCUCGAUAGCGGGGACUAUUCAACUGUCCCUUCCAUUCCAGGAUAUGGUUGGAUUAAGCCUUCACAACAAGCUUGGUUUCAACGUGCUUCUCGUAAACUUCAGCAAGAUUAUAGGAGCGCACCGGCUGCUCAGAAGACUCACGCACCAAGCCUGGUAUACUUUCACAUCCCAUUGCCUGAAUAUGCAACCUUCGACUCAACAAACUUCACCGGCGUAAGGCAGGAAGGCAUUAGUUCUGCCUCUGUGAACUCUGGUUUCUUCACAACAAUGGUGGAAACGGGAGAUGUUAAGGCGGUUUUCGCCGGGCACGAUCACAUCAAUGAUUUCUGUGGGGAGUUGCUGGGGAUAAACCUGUGUUACGCUGGUGGGUUCGGGUAUCAUGCUUAUGGGAAAGCUGGAUGGGCAAGGAGGGCAAGAAUGGUAUUAGCAACUUUGGAGAAGACGGAGAAAGGAGUGUGGGGAGAUGUAAAAUCCAUCAAGACGUGGAAGCGUUUGGAUGAUAAAAACCUUACUGCAAUCGAUGCCCGUGUGCUUUGGAGCAAAAGAUCUGUAGGGUCGCGCAGGAAGAAGAUUGGUCGGCGGAGAAUGUGAAUGCACAAAUAUCUGAUGAUAUAUAUAUAUACAUACAUAUAGACAGAAAUCCUGCAAAUGGCAGCUGAGAAUGGUAUUAACUAAAAACUGAGUACACUU